UGUCUGGUAGAGAUCGAAAGAGACCCUUUUUGUUAUUUUGAACCUAAAUUUUUUGUGCUGACCUUGCCCAUGUUCUCGACCUCGAGUCAAAAAAUAAAGAACGGCUGAGAAACUGCCCGGAACCUGUCGCUUAUUUUGAUUCUGAAUACUGUGGAAAUGCUGUUGAUUCUCGCUUUAUUUCAGGUUUCACAACAGAUUCGCUCGAUCGUUUAUGUAAAGGUUUACAUUAUGCUUUGUGGAUGCAAGACAAAAUGUUACUUCAGGAGGAAUUAGCAGACAAUAUUUUACAACUUUUGGGACUUUUAAAAGACCAAAACCAAAUUUUUGAGUUUGUUAAAGCUCUUCUUUUUACUUUAUCGAAAGAAUGGCCAAAAAUUGAUCGGUGGAGGAUGGACAAAUUUUUAAUGUUUCUUCGCAAAAUAAUUCGUGUUCUCUUCUUUCAACUUAAAGAACAAAAAUUCAAUUCUCAAGCAAUCCAAAAUUAUCUCACUUUCUUUUCACAAACUUUAAUUUCUGAAAAAUCCAAAAUUUUUGAAUCCUUAAAAUAUCAUUGUGUUUCUGUUUGGUUAGAUGAAUUAGACAAUGCUUUUGGUGAAGGUUUGGAUAGUUUGGAGUUUAUUAAACCUUUUACUCUGCUAUUGAAGGAGAACAUUUCGUACGGUUUUUUAAUUAAUUUUAACGAGGGUUGGGAUCAACUGUCUGUCCCUGACCUGUUUUCGAUGCCUCUUUUUGCAUGUAGGGAGGAUUCAUCUAGCAGUAUUUUAAACCCUUAG